AUGUUAUCACAGACUACUACUACUACUACUACUACUACUACUACUACUACUACUACUACUACUACUACUACUACUACUACUACUACUACUACUACUACUACUACUACUACUACUACUACUACUACUACUACUACUACUACUACUACUACUACUACUACUACUACUACUACUACUACUACUACUACUACUACUACUACUACUACUACUACUACUACUACUACUACUACUACUACUACUACUACUACUACUACUACUACUACUACUACUACUACUACUACUACUACUACUACUACUACUACUACUACUACUACUACUACUACUACUACUACUACUACUACUACUACUACUACUACUACUACUACUACUACUACUACUACUACUACUACUACUACUACUACUACUACUACUACUACUACUACUACUACUACUACUACUACUACUACUACUACUACUACUACUACUACUACUACUACUACUACUACUACUACUACUACUACUACUACUACUACUACUACUACUACUACUACUACUACUACUACUACUACUACUACUACUACUACUACUACUACUACUACUACUACUACUACUACUACUACUACUACUACUACUACUACUACUACUACUACUACUACUACUACUACUACUACUACUACUACUACUACUACUACUACUACUACUACUACUACUACUACUACUACUACUACUACUACUACUACUACUACUACUACUACUACUACUACUACUACUACUACUACUACUACUACUACUACUACUACUACUACUACUACUACUACUACUACUACUACUACUACUACUACUACUACUACUACUACUACUACUACUACUACUACUACUACUACUACUACUACUACUACUACUACUACUACUACUACUACUACUACUACUACUACUACUACUACUACUACUACUACUACUACUACUACUACUACUACUACUACUACUACUACUACUACUACUACUACUACUACUACUACUACUACUACUACUACUACUACUACUACUACUACUACUACUACUACUACUACUACUACUACUACUACUACUACUACUACUACUACUACUACUACUACUACUACUACUACUACUACUACUACUACUACUACUACUACACUACUACUACUACUACUACUACUACUACUACUACUACUACUACUACUACUACUACUACUACUACUACUACUACUACUACUACUACUACUACUACUACUACUACUACUACUACUAUACUACUACUACUACUACUACUACUACUACUACUACUACUACUACUACUACUACUACUACUACUACUACUACUACUACUACUACUACUACUACUACUACUACUACUACUACUACUACUACUACUACUACUACUACUACUACUACUACUACUACUACUACUACUACUACUACUACUACUACUACUACUACUAA